UUAAUACUAAUAUUAAUGCAUUGUCCAACAAACUUUCUUGAUUUCAUCGACAUAGGUAACCAAUCUCUGUGGUUAGUUGUGAAAUUUGCAGAAAAUGGGAGUUGCAAAAGAGCAGCACAUAGUAAUGCUGCCGUUCAUGGCACAAGGCCAUCUCAUCCCAUUCUUAGCCUUAGCAAAUCAAAUCACCCAACGCUUCCCCUUCAAAAUCACCAUCGCCACCACCCCUCUCAACCUCCGUUACCUCAAAACCGCCGCAUCCAACCACUCACCCCAAAUCCACUUCUCCGAGCUCUCUCUCAACGCCGCCGAUCAUGGCCUCCCCCCCAAAACAGAGAACACCGAGGCCCUGCCCCUCAACCUCAUCGUCAACCUCUUCCACGCCUCCGCCUCCCUCGACGCACCCUUCCGCGCGUUGAUCCGCGAUAUAACCGCCACGGACGGCGCCCCUCCUCUCUGCAUAAUCUCCGAUGUCUUCAUGGGGUGGGCUAACGAGGUCGCCCGAUCUUCCUCCACUGUCAACGUCGCCUUCACCACCGGCGGGGCGUAUGGCACCGCCGCCUAUAUGUCCAUGUGGCAGAACCUCCCCCACCGCAACGCUGCUGCCGACGGCAGCUUCUCUCUCCCUGGAUUCCCAAACUCUCUCCCCUUCCACGUCUCUCAGCUGCACCGCUUCCUGAGAGACGCGGACGGCAGCGACCAGUGGUCGAGAUUUUUCCAGCCGCAGAUCGCGCACUCGCUGACCUCCUUCGGGUGGCUGUGCUCCACGGCCGCGGAGAUCGAGCCGCUGGGGCUGGAAGUCUUCUCCAAUUACACGAAACGCCCCGUCUGGUGCAUAGGGCCACUCCUGCCGCAGGGGAUGCUGGACCGGAACAAGCCUUCGCGCGUGAUCGCCAAACAUGCCGGGAGAGAGCCUGGGAUCUCACCGGAGAAGUGCCUGGAGUGGCUUGAUUCCCAUCCAGAGAACUCCGUUGUCUAUAUCAGCUUCGGAUCGCAGAACACGGUGAGCCAGAAUCAGAUGAUGGCGCUGGCAUUGGGGUUGGAGGACAGCGGGCGGCCGUUCAUCUGGUCGAUCAGGCCGCCCGCGGGCUUCAACUCGAGGGACGAGUUCAAGGCCGAGUGGCUUCCCUACGGGUUCGAGGAGCGAGGGCAGGGGCUGGUGGUGCGAUCAUGGGCGCCGCAGCUGGAGAUACUCUGCCACCGAUCAACGGGAGCGUUUGUGAGCCACUGCGGAUGGAAUUCGGUGGUGGAGAGCUUGAGCCAGGGCGUGCCGAUCAUUGGGUGGCCGCUGGCGGCGGAGCAGGGAUACAAUGCGAAGAUGCUGGUGGAGGAGAUGGGGGUGUGCGUGGAGAUGACGAGGGGCGUGGAGAGCCAGAUUAGUAGAGAGGAUGUGAAGAGAGUGAUUGAGGAGGUGAUGGACGGAGGAAGUAAAGCGGUGGAGAUGAGGAAGAAAGUGGUGGCGGUCGGAGAGUUGAUCAGAGCUGCCUUGACCGAGGAAGAUGGGUCUUCGCUUAAAGCCUUGGAUGAUUUUGUGGAUACUCUUCUCUCUCUAACGCCCAGUGUUUGAUUAUUCGAGUUUAUUUUCCACAAAUAUUAUUACGAUUAAUUUAUUACUAUCAUCUGAAUUGAGGUGGAAGAGGGUCUUUUAAACUUUUUAAGUAAAUUAUUUGGCGUUAUUAUUGAAGUAAUUUUUUACUUGAA